AACUUUUGCCUUCCACGUUUGUUUUCCUCCGUGCGGGUUCGUGUUUCUGUGCUUGGAUAUUCUUUCGAUUGCAAAACUCACUGCCCAGGCCAUAGAAUUUGUGCACCUGAAGCAGCGCUAUAAAGCAACUAAUCCGAGAACGUUCCCAUAGCUGCCGGAAAAAUGCCACCGAAGAAAUUAGCCGAACCAGAAAUUAAGCCUUUGAUCGGGCGCAUCGGAACGAACCUUCGCAUCGGCAUCGUUGGCGUACCGAACGUGGGCAAAUCAACGUUCUUCAACGUACUAACGAAGAGUGCCGCACCAGCAGAAAAUUUCCCUUUCUGCACGAUCGAUCCUAACGAGAGCAGAGUUCCAGUGCCCGAUGCUAGAUAUGAUUAUCUGUGCGAAUAUCAUAAGCCUGCAAGUAAGGUGCCUGCGUACCUGAAUGUGGUGGAUAUUGCCGGUCUGGUGAAAGGUGCUGCCGAGGGACAAGGUCUUGGCAAUGCAUUCCUCUCGCACAUCAACGCAUGCGAUGCCAUUUUCCAUCUGUGCCGUGCGUUUGACGAUCCGGACGUGACACACGUGGAGGGCGAGGUGGAUCCGGUACGCGAUUUGUCCAUCAUCAGCGAGGAGCUGCGUUUGAAGGACGAGGAAAAGCUGAUGAUUAACCUUGACAAGCUGGAGAAGCUGGUCACGCGCGGCGGUGACAAGAAAAGCAAGCCGGAAUAUGAAACUUUGUUGAAAAUCAAAGACGUUAUAGUUGACGAGAAGAAACACAUCCGGUUCGCUGACUGGAGCGCGCACGACAUCGAGGUACUAAACAAAUACCUCUUCCUGACGUCCAAACCGUGCAUCUAUCUCGUCAACCUUUCGGACAAGGACUUUAUACGCAAGAAGAACAAGUGGCUGCCGAAGAUCAAGGAGUGGAUCGACAAGAACGAUCCAGGCGCACCGAUAAUCCCCUUUUCCGGUGCGUACGAACAUCAGCUGGCCGAGUUGGAAACGGACGCCGACCGCAAAGCGUACGAGGAGGAGCACAAAUGUGUCUCGGUGCUGGACAAAAUUAUCACCACCGGCUACAAGGCGCUACAGCUCGAGUACUUCUUCACCGCCGGCCCAGACGAGGUGAAGGCGUGGACGAUUCAGAAGGGUACGAAGGCACCGCAGGCGGCGGGUCGCAUUCACACUGACUUCGAGAAAGGUUUCAUCAUGGCGGAAGUGAUGCAUUUCGGCGACUUUAAGGAGGAGGGCACCGAGGCAGCGGCAAAGGCCGCCGGCAAGUACCGGCAGCAGGGCCGUAACUACGUCGUUGAGGAUGGCGAUAUCAUCUUCUUUAAGUUUAAUGCCGGUGCCGGGCUGAAAGAUGCGAAGAAAAAGUGAUAUCACCAGGCUGCCACCACCAUCAUCGUCGUACUGCUCUACAUUAAUAUGAUAUUCUAUGCACACAUGUUUCUGCCCCAGCUCAGCUAAGCGAUCGCGAUUCACACGCGUUUUGGAGAUUCUUACAGAUCAGCUUUGUUGAGACGAUAGUGCAAAAAAAAAGAAAACUAAACUCACUGGAGCUAUAAACGAUAGCGCGAAACAAUAUCUUAUUUAUCGGUUUAAUAAAAAUUUGAGCGCAAAACAUCGUAGGUUAUGUUCUCUACUAAACAAAGCAAAUUGAAAAGAGUCGGUUUAAGCGCGCAAUUAAAGCAAAAAAUCAAUGAAAUUCGAUGAAUAUCAAUUAAGUUUAACAUUAAGGAAUAAUGCAUGAGUUUCAACGGUUAACCGUGCGCUUGAAUCAUGCACAUUCGCCAAACGUCAAACGAAGCUGUCAAACCCAGCUGUCAUCGGUGUGAUGUUUUGCUACGAGCGGUGUGGCCACGGCUGAACAGUCACCCAGCCACAGUAAAAAAAGAACAAAUAGAAAAAGUCACUUUCGGGCAAGCAAAAAUCACAAGAUAACAGAGGGCAAUCUAUAAGCAAAAGCAUUAAGUGAAAGAAAACUUUGAGCAGCCGCCACCCAAAACCCACGUCAAAAGUGCCGUGUGAUUCACGAGUUUGUUUUCUCGCUCGCAGCAAUUAAUUAACAAGGCAAGUUGACGCGGUGUUCCAAUCCGUAGUG